AUGCCCAACGCCGUCCUCGUCGCGCUCGCUUCCGCGUCGUUCACCGCAGCAUCUGGCGCCGCCCUGACGCACAUCCGCGCGCGCAGGAACCCAUCCGCCGCGCGCCUCCACUCCCCGAGGUCACCGAAGAAGUCGACCCAUCACCGCCAUCACCACCGCCAUCAUCACCGCCAUAUCCGCACGCACGCCGCUUCGCCCGAGAUCGAAGCCCUGCGCGUUAAACCCGGGUGGCAUCCCGACGGCUCACCCGAGGAGCGCGUGCAGCAGCUCGGUCUCGAGCUCGACGGGCGGUGCGCCACCAACCCGGCGGGGGUGUUCUACCCAGUCGUGCUCGUGGGAAACCUGGCGUACGUGUCCGGUCAGGUGCCCAGAAACACGGACGGAUCGCUCAUCGUCGGUAAGUGCGGAGACGACAUCGGCGACGACGAGGCGGUCGAGGCUGCGCGAGUCGUGGGUCUCACGAUGCUCGCCACGAUGCGGCAGCAGUUCGGAAGCCUGGACCACAUCGAGCGGGUGGUGAAAGUGAACGGGUUCGUGAACUGCUCGCCGACAUACACGAAACAGCCCGCGGUGGUCAACGGACUGGCAAACUUGUUCAUCGACGUGUUCGGACCCGCGGGCAAAAGCAGCAGGAGCGCGGUGGGAAGUGUCGGGCUGCCCCUGGGCGUACCCGUGGAGUGCGAGGCCAUCGUCGAGCUCAAAUGUUAA